CCGACAACUCAAACACCUUCCUAUUUGGCCACCGCUCGCAUUAUAAGCGCCCGCCAUUGAUCGCUCGCCGUUCUGGCCCAUCCUUGUCUCUCCCGCACGACGACGACGACCUAUGCAGGCAGUGGCCCCGGCAACCGCAAAAUUCCAGCUCGCUAUUCCCUACGUCCUCGGUGCUGUUUCACCAGGACUCGCGGCCCUUCAUGCCUCGCGUGCGCGCAGACUACAUCCGACCGACCCGACCUUGCGGACUACGCAUUGCCCAGCAUGCGGCGCAGGAUACCUUGACGGGGGUGGCGAGUACAGGUCUGUGCGCUCCAAUGGGGAGCAGAGGCGCGUGAGCCUCAAGGCCGAGACACCGCCCAACAGAUUCCUGCACAUAUCGUGUGGGGUGUGUGGCCAUCGUGAAGAGCUGCCUAUCGAGCAGGACGGUGCGCCUUCAUUCCUACCACCGAGGAAACGAAGGAAGACAGUGGCCCCGAAUGCUGGUACUGCUUCCACUACCAACACCGACGCAUCAAAGUCGGGAGAAGAUGCACAUGCACGGACUGGGCCCAAGCCUGCAGGACCGAGGCCAGUAGACAGCCGUGAAUCCCAGACUAAGGCCGGACCGCCCAGGGCGUCCACUAUGUUACCCAUCCUUCCCGAAAGCGCCGCCGAACGUAAAACUGGCACGACGACUUCUUCACCCACCGCGUCUUCGAAUCCAGCACGCUCGAAAACACGGACCAAGAACUCCAGUGGGCUGCAGAGCUUACUGGCUCGCAAUCGCGAGAAGCAGGAGCAGGAGAAGAAGGCUACUGCCAGUGGAUCUGGACUGUCCGCCUUCUUACAGGAUCUUCGAUAGCGGCUAGCCUUGUAAUUCAUACACUGUUUUGCGAAGUGAUUACGGGAUUGUAUGAAGCUCUUUCAUGCACUAUAACUUCAAUACUUUGCGGUCCAAGGCUGUCUGAAUCACAACAC